GCGAAAUCAACAUGGCGGCACUAUUGAAGGUGUUCACGGUUGACCGACUUUAAAUAGGUGCAAACGGGUCAUGCUGGGAUCAAUUACGAUCGAUUACGUGCGAGAAAUGAUGCGUGUGUCCAAGUAAUGCAGAAGAGCAAAGCUUUGGUGCUGAGUAGUGAAGUAGAUAGGAAACGGAACAGAUAGCACAGAGGUGAGACUUUCUUUGCCAAGCUUGUGUUGCUCUGCUGUGACAGUUUGAGAGGCAGUUUGGGAGAUGUGAUAUUAUCAGGGACUGUGCUACUGCUAACACGUCCAAACGAAUAUUGUCUCUGCUUGGGAAGGUUUAAUAAAUAGGGCGAGACUAUACUUUUGUUGGUUUGUGUGGAUCAAGAUGAAGACGCGUUAGAUGUUUAAAGGAGUAAUUUGGAAAUCAUUGGCUGUCGUUUGUUUUGAGAACUCCAGAACACUUUUUGAUGUUUGAAUUUUUCAAGUGGAUUAUUCUGUGUAUUUGUAACAAGACAGACUGAAGUUCUUCCACCAAUCAAGCUGCUGACAAGAGCUGUGAUAAAGACGUGGAUAGUUUAAUGACCGACUGUUCAACAUUCACUGAAGCGAGCAUCAACGUAACGAGAUCACUAUAGACCGGGUCAUCGUGAGUUACUAUGGUUACCUGUACAGACGACUGCCUCGUGUCUUUCUGGAGCUACCGAUCAAAGCGUCGUAACGCCAUUCAAGUGUGAACGCUAACUUACGUAUAAGACGACCAUGAGUGAAGCGCAUGUCGUCAAGUCGGAGAUGCCACCCGAGUCAUUUCCUGACAAGUCGUCAACGCCGCGCAAGACUCCAAGCUCGUCUCCCAAGGAUACCUUGUCUCAUCCAUCAUCUCCUCAACUCAAGCCAGGAAUGAUGAGUCCCAUCAGUGGAUACCCACCAUCGCCAGGGAUGCCACAGUUCCCGCCCAAUUUUAACGGGUUGUUCGGCCAGGGGAUGUUCCAGCCUCCGAGUAGUUCAGUCCUCGUUGUACCACAGCCUUAUUUACACUACAUGCAGGCAGCGAUGCACUAUCAAAGUCAGAUGUCACCUGUGGGCGUGACUGGCCCGACCACCCACCCGACAAGCACCAACAAAAACAAGGUGACAGCAGCAGCCGCAGCCGGUCACCUCCAAGCCCUCGACCUGAGCAAGGCUACGAAACCUGCCACCCUUGAACUGAUGAAGAACGGCUCAGGUGAAUGCCACGAGAAGAAGGCCAAACAUCGCAGUGAUUCCAUCUCUCUGACAGACAUGACUGACGAUGAGGUUCGAAGUGUGAACGGUUGUGACUUGGAAAGUCUGCAUGACGAUGAUGAGAAGGGCGAGGGUCUGUUGAGACACUCCGGCGAGGAUUUACUCGGACCUGGUGGUAAAAAUGUCAACCAGUACGGGCGCAUGUUCACCAAUGGUCGCCCGCUGCCUGAUCACCUGCGUGUGGAGAUAUUACGCCUUGCCCUCCAGGGGGUACGGCCCUGUGAGAUCAGCCGUCAACUCCAGGUGUCACAUGGAUGCGUCAGCAAGAUACUAAACAGGUACCGUCGGACUGGUAGUAUCAACCCGGGCCAGAUUGGAGGCAGCAAACCUAAGGUCACCACCCCUGACGUCGUGAAUCGAGUGAAAGAUUACAAGGCGCAGAACCCUCAGAUGUUUGCCUGGGAAAUCAGACAGAAGUUGUUGGAAGACUACAUCUGUAACGAGAAGAACAUUCCCAGCAUCAGCUCCAUCAAUCGUAUCAUUCGAGACAAAUCAUUGGUCCAGAGACGAGGGUAUGACUUCUUGAAGGAUAGCGGCUCGGGUGAUUCAGACGAGCAUUCCUCCUCCCAUGAAAACCAACGUGACGAUCCGAGCAACCUGAACGACCCAUACAGCCCGGGCCAGAUGCACAACUCUGAUAUCACUCACAAACCUUAUACAAGCGGCACUCCGACUUACACCCCACAGGCUCUCAUGAUGGGACAUCAUCUACGACAGGCCUUCCCAGUCAAAGCAGAAACUUCCCCAGACGCUGUCAAAAUCAAGCCAGAUCCGGACGACAUCCGUAACGAUUGUUCUUCCAGUAAACCGUCGCCCGUAGGUGUUCAAGGGUACAGCAGUAAUACCUCUUCACCGCUGAGCCUUCCCAGAGAGAAAAAUGGCGCUGAACGCGAUGAGCGAAAUGUGGAGGCACUGCGGCGUUUCCAGAUGCAACAGAUGGCAAUGAUGUCACAGAUGGGGCGCUGUCUUCCGUCGGCAUUCAUCAGCACACCACCAGGUCACAUGAUUCCAGAGAAAAGUCUCGCAUCAUCACAAGAUAGCGAUGCAUCGUCCGGUGUUGGCAGUGAUCACGAGGAUUACGAUCAUUCCACGGAACACCAGGCCGUACGGAAACCUCGCAAAGGAACGCCCCAUAAAAUCUCAUCCCCAGGUGCUGAUCAUACGCCUCCAGUUAGCGAUACAAUCAUUCCAACCUCGUCACCAAUAGAUGACGCUACCUCUCUUGUGAUUCCUUCGCAGAAUGGUGAUAAUCCUCACGAUGCUUCCCCUAGUCACAUGACUGAUUUUAACCAAUCAGGUAGCAAAGAAACUGAUGGUUUCCAUAGCAACAAUUUGAACGGUGAUGUUAGUGCUCCGACUCUUCCUGCGGCUCUUGACUUGACGGCAAAAGUUGAGAGUAAAGCAGAAAAAGUGGUUGUUCCAAGUGAGAGGCAGACGUUGUUCCUGUUUGGCUCCAAGUAUGACAUUCACAGACACCCCGACGGACACUGGGGCUUGAAAAAUGAGCUCGAUUUGCUGAAUGUUCUUGAAUCAUUUCUGUCCACGCGGAAAGCAAGUGCGAGACCAGUGCCUUGUAGAACAGAGGAGUUCACUCAUGUUAGUAAUCAUAGUCCAGGUUGCCAAGGCAACAAGCUUGAUAGUACAGAUGACCACCAUAGUCAUCUAUCUAGUCCUGCUCUUGAGGAAGAGGGGGUUAAAAGUUCUCAAUCUGCAGCGAUGGAGGCUACCGAUGAGAGUGCUGGUGUGUCCAUGGAUGUUUCUGUGGGUGGAAGAGCAGAUUGUGAGAAUGGGCGUGGUCGGAAACACUCGCUAGAAUUGGAUGAAUCUGACGAGGGCAAAAAAAAGCGUUUCAAAUCAGCGCAUGAAGAAAGUGGUGAGGAAUUCGAGGUAGAAACUCGUGAUUUGUGCCGUGAAAUCAGGGAGAACAUGUCUGAGGCAGACUUGGCUGCUGUGAUGAACGGACAUGAUAAGAUAGACAUGUUGCGCUUCCUGAACGGUGAGGAGAUAUCACUAGAUGACUUGGAGCGCCAUCGUGCUAACUUCCCGCUGCUGAAGGAACUGUUGCAGAAUUUAAAGAAACGACAAAAGUGUGCUUAGCGCUGCGGCAAUCUUGAAUAUACAAUGAUAUGUUAUACUGAUCUCAGGUUUUGAUAUAAGAUGGAACGUUGAUGUCAACAUCAGAUAGAGGGCGCUCCGAGCUUUCCUUCCUGUGGUUGCGAUCAUUUGACAAUUCAACUGCUAGUUUUAGUUGUCUUGUUUGAAAUCAGGAAUAUGCUAAACGAGAAAUUGUUCUUUUCAAGUUUUCAUGAUUUUCUCUGUGAAUGCGCUGUCGAACUUAAAAGUGUGGAAAAUUUCUCCACUAAUGCAUUAAUCAUUCAAUCUUGGCAGCAAACACAGAAUUAAGCCUAUCACCAGUUGAAAAAGAAGCUAAUAUACCAUGUAUUUAGUGAAGAGUAAAUAUUGCUUUAAAGGUCAUACAGGAGACUAUUGGUGUGGCCAUUAUAAGGUUAUAUCAGUGAUGUAGAUAUCAGUUAUGUAAUCCCAAGCAGGUCUGUAAACCAGCUAGUACUGAAGCCAAAAUAUUAAGUAUAAAACUCUCCUAAAUAUAGAGUGUGAUUUGUGUAUAAAUUGUAGUGACAAAUCAAGUGUGAUUUUGUGGAAACUAGGUAUAAGGAGAAAGGGUAUUCGCUUGUAACAUUUUGAGUUCUGUUCAUGACUGUACAUGUCUGUGAGUCCUGCCGGAAACUGGUAACUAGCGCUCGACAGAAGAUGCUUUUAAUUUGGUACCGAUUCUCAAAAUGGUGAAACGUUAACCUCUGUGAAUACAAUCUUGUGCAAUCUUUUGUAGAAAACUUGAAAAUUUAGUGUCAAGUUUUGAAUAUUUUGCCUAAUGAAGGCAGCGUGGACUUUGUUGUCAGAUUUUUCCAAUGUAACUGCUGAUGUAGAAUGCAGCUUGCUGUAUGUUGACUGAUUGACUUGUGAGGUUUCUCUAUCCAAGAACCACUCUGCCGAGAAGAUCGCUGUGUGGUCAGUCUCCUCAAGUCAACCUGUCACCUUACGACAAGCUGGCUGGUGUAUCUUUGUGUUGUCCUAGGUGUAGAGCAUUCAGUAGCCAACAAUACAUGUUAUUUAUUAUACCCUAAUAGAUGUUUAGAUGUAAACUGUAUCCCACAUAAUGUAUUAGUGUCUUAUAUGAUAGCGAAAGGGAAUUCAGAAUAUGGGGUAACUUAUGAUUUGCCUGGCCUUCAGCAAGAAAAUGGAAUUCAAGACUGAGUUUUAAAAGGUUAUAACAUUCCAGGGGAAGGAGUGAAUGAGUUGUGCCCAAUAGGGGGGUGUUCUGUACCUGUUGUGCUGAUGCAUUGCCCUACAUACAUUACUAGGACUCCCCUGUAAGGAUAAUGGUUUGGCCCGUCUGGUGUUACCUUGUACUAUGCAGGAUUCAGGAUGAACUACCAGUUGCCUAGUGUUGCUGGUGCCCUGUACUAAUAGCUAGACGUAGUAUGGUCUAUGGCUGCUGAUCAGGUUUAUGACGGCUCGUGAGUUUCUGAAUCUUACGAGCUCUAUACAUAUUUCAACGACAGGUUAUAUGUUCUCUGUUGGAAUGCCAUCACGGGCCACCAACAUGAGAAAACUUCCUCUUUUUGCAAAAGCUCAUGUCCUUGUAGAUUUAUGAAGAAGUAAGUUGAUGAUGAGCGCUGGUGCUUUAACCCUUUAAUUAGAUUGCACUCGUUAUAAAAACAGUCAAUUGUUAUCCUGAUUUAGGUUCAUGAUUUUAUGACCUUUCAAUCCAAAAGUAUUCAACAAUCAUCUUUGCUCAAUCUUAGCAUUUCUUAAACAGUUUGCUCGUUUUCUGAUCCUGGCAUUUUGUUCAACUCGGUUUAUGGUCUGUCCAGAAGGUGGCGUGCCAUGUCAACGUAUGGCUGCCUCUAUCCAGAGGAGCGUCUCUUGUGGUGGAGUGGUCGGACGAGUCAUGGGGUCAGCCUCUAUCGAUGUCACAGCAGAUGUGGCUGGCCCCAUGUCUCGACCAUCUUGUUGCCUUAUAACAUAGCCUCGAACACCACAACGGAGUGCUGAUGUGGAAAGAUGUGAAUUGUUGUAAAGAUAUAGGAAAAUCUUCCUAUUGGAACAAAAAAGUGUCCAUAACGAUUAUGUCAAAUGGUUCUGCUUGCAUUGUAUGUAAUAUUUGUGCAUAUAUCAUCAGUUUUAGUCAUAUGCAAUGACUUCAAAUCCCUUCCCAAUGCUAGGGAUAGCAACUUCCUGGGCAGACUACUUGGAAAACAUGGUUGAAAUAUCGACAGUAAGAAAGUUCCUGGUGGUCCACUUUUUGUGUAAAUCAUAAAUGUCAUUUUUGAAGUUUAAUUCCAGUCUUCUAUAUCUUGUAUCUUUGUGGGCAAUCGUUUUUAAAAAGUGUGUAUUUUCUCAUAAAAAUGUGGUUUUAACUUAUUUUUAUACAAAAUAUGGGGUACUAUGUAUUUUUAUUUACUAUAUAUAUAAACUAAAGGCCUUGUUGUUAAGGGAACUAUAUAUUUCCUUUAUCAGAUGUGGAGACCAAAUGAAGUGAUUUUUUAGCCACAAGUAGAAAUAGAAACGAGUUGUCAUCAUGUUUAUACCUCACUGUGCAAAAAGUGAGUUGUAAAAUGCAGGCAGCAUUGUUGAACGGUGGUCUCAGGCUUUACCCCCUGAUGUUACUAAUGAAAUCAAAGAACAGCAAACUCCUGGAGGGUAAAAGUAUUGAGAAUGAGAAGAGGUUGGAAUUUCAAAUCCUCGAUUGGAAGUCGGACACUGUUUUAUUCCACACUGUUAUGAAUCCAUCGUACAAACACGCCUUAUUCUGUCAAUAGAUGGCACCGUCUUGCAUUACGGGGAUUCUCAAUUUGUUUGGAUUUUCUGAUUUCUUUGGUCUCCCAUCGUCUCUGUUGUCCUCGAGGUGCUAUUUAUCAUAUUUUGAUUGUUUUCUUCUUUUCAAAGAAAACAUUCUAAUUGUACAAACUCUGAUUAUCUGGUCAGUUCUCAUUGUAUGUCAGUAUGUUAUCUUGACCUGUUUAUGUAUUGGAACAUAGUCUAAAACAACUUGCUUGCAAUGUACUAAAGCUUUUCAGUUGAUCCUAUUAUUUACAAGGUUAAUACAUUGUAACUCAACAAUUGCUAAUCUUUCAAACUAAUCCAAUAUCGUGGCUUUCUCCAGAAUUUAAUAGCAGACGUCAAAUCUUUCUGCUGCCGUGCAUUUUCACCCGAAGGUCUCAUAUGUUUUCUUUCAAACUCUGUCUCGUUGCUUUAUACUAGUCUUGUUAGUGCCAUAUCUUGUAGAACAUUUAUUUUCAACUCUGGAGAAAGAACAUGGUGGAUAAAGGUUUCAGGUUGAUGCUGUAUUGAAAGUAGAGUCGUAUGAUGUCUGGUGAGUGUUCAGUAUCUAAUUGGGUCUCCUCAAUUAUACCUUUGUCAACCAGGACUGGCCCAUCCACCUGGUGUGGGUCAACCAGGACUGGCCCAUCCACCUGGUGUGUGUCAACCAGGACUGGCCCAUCCACCUGGUGUGUGUACAGAAAAUGAAGAACAUAUUUUCCUCGUUAACAGAAAUCCCCCUCCCCGACCUCCAUUCAGAAACAAAUCUGCCCAAUUGGCCUCAUAUGCGUCUAAAGAGUGACCUAUUCUCUCGUUUUAUUGGCCAGGAUGUGUUUGCUUUGAUUCCUGUAGAAUAUGAAUGUAUUUAAUUAAAGGCCCUUUAGCCCAUUGUGCAAUGGUGACCGGAUCACAAAGUCAAAGAUUCUUUUGAUUUUGGAAUGCUUGUCUCAGUUUGAAGGGGAUCUGUCUUGACGCAGUUCAGAACCAAUCAGAUGGCUUCAACAUUUGUAUAAAAUCAUCUACGAACUUGUGAAGUUAUAACGAUUUAAUGUGAAACCUCCAUUCCCAAAGCAAACAAUAAGUUGUUAAAGAACUAUACUCAAAGUAUUGACAUGUAUACCUGUUGGGGCAUCAGUGUUGGUAGUGAAUGGCUCAUUAGAACAAGAUUUCCUUCCCGAGUCCAUUGCACCAAGAACUAAUAAAGACUGGUCUUUAUUAAAGACACAUUUGUGUCAGCUUGCUUCUUUAUCUAAAACUGUUUCUAUUGUAUAUUUAGGUCUGCAUCUAGGUAGUUUUUCUUUAUCAAAUUUGGCCAGGUUUCUGGUCUAAAUUGUGUGAGGGCAGUUCCCCUUUAAGUGUCUUCUCUUGUUGACAAUCAGUGCUGCUGUACAUGUUGUGAAUGUUGUCCCCAAUAAUCCAAUCUUUCCUGUUCCACGUAACAAAAUCAUGCUGAAUAAAUAUUUUUAUCAACAAA